AUGGAGAUGAGCUGUUUCAAAAUAGUAUCUAUUGUAAAAUGUUAAAUAUUUACAUGAACAUGUAUGUAUAUCAUGUAUGAUGUAUGUGUAAGAUCCAAUAAAAAAAAUUAAAAAAAAUGAAAAAAAAGACUUGGGCAAUAGGGGGAGCCAUAGUCCGGGCCAUAGUGCUGAACCAUAAUGGCCAUUAUCCUCCAUUGCCCGCUGAAAUAAGGUUAUUUGUAUAUUGUCAUAUUUAAUAAGUAAAUACUGUUUUAAUGGUGUUUGGCAAAUAUGUAAAUAUAACAAAUAUUGUUAGUAUCAGACUCAUUGUGCCCCAGAAUAAAUGUAUUUGGAGGUAUGAUUCAGUUAAUUUAUGUAGUUAUACAGUUGGAAAAAUUGAUUCCAUGCUACGCCCUUGGCAUACUUUAGGAGCCAUAGUUUGACUCCGUAAUAAAAAUCUCAUUUUAUCUAAUACUGAUGAUCGCUUUCAAUUCAAUAACUAUCAAUUCUUACUCAGCCAAGCCAGAGACAUACUACAUUAUGAGAAUGGCAUGUUAGUUAUAAUAGUCUCUGACUUAGCAAUAAAUAACACCCCUCUACAUGUUGACACACGUCAUGUUUUGGUCACGGUCAUUGCAACUUGGUUUAAAAACGUGCGCAUACUAAAGCUGAACAAUCUUUCUAAAUUCAAUUCAACUAUUUCAAUUAAUGGAUAUCCAUACAAGACAUUAAGAUUGGUGAGCUGGUGAGCCGAAAUUCAGAAGUAUCCUCAACUGAUACAGUAAGAAGGACUAGACAUAAAUCGAAUGCUGCACAGACAGAACUGAAACGGGUUGUCAAUAAUCUAUUCUACUUCGAAUUGGUUGUUAAAACGACAGACAGUGAUAACACAGAGUGUUCCUAACUUACAAAAAUCAUUGAGGAUAAGAUGAUAUCCUGUUGCGCAUGGAGUCGGCGUAAAAAAUCCGAUAACUUUGGUAACUGUGAUUCGUUUUACGAAAAGGACCAUGGAUAUGCAUGGAUGAUUGUCUUAUUCAGCUUCUCCGUCCAUAUAUUUAUAUAUGGCAUAAGUUGGAGUGUUGGCGUGUUCUUCGUAUUGUUUUUAAAUGCAUUUCACACGGUAAAAGGAGUCACUGCAUGGCCAGGGUCCUUAAACACAGCAACGAUGUAUCUCGUAGGACCAAUAAGCAGUAUGUUGACGAACAAAUUAGGCUGCAGACCCACGGUUAUCUUGGGUGGCGUUAUAUCAGCUAUUGGCCUUGGAACAAGCGCGUUUGCCAAUAACAUAUACCACCUGUAUACCACAUUUGGUAUAGUUACAGGGGUUGGAUUUGGCAUUGCCUAUUUGCCUGGGAUUGUUAUUGUUAGCCAAUACUUCGAAAAGAAAAGAACACUUGCAAUAGGGGUGGCUGCAUCUGGUAUAGGAUUUGGAUCAUUCAUAUAUCCCCCGAUGAUAGAUGCAUUAAACAAUCAAUAUGGUUGGAGAGGAGCUUUACUUAUGCUUUCAGGGAUAACACUAAAUAUAUGCGUUGCAGGAGCAUUUAUGAGGCCAUUUAAAAGUAAAAUAGAUGAAAAUAAAGUGAACGUUGAACAGAAAAUAUUCAAUGUGGCGAUAUUUCGAUCUUUGAAUUAUCUUAUUCUUUGUCUGAAUAAUUUUUUUAUUUUGUUUGGGAUUAUCUGCCGUCUACACCCAUU